CACUCGCUCUGGGAGGUGGUGUUGAUUGUUCUAAUGACAGGAAUCCUCUCCUUGAUCACUGUGGUGGGAAACCUCCUGGUGAUGGUCUCUUUCAAGGUCAACCGAGAGCUGAAGACCGUCAACAACUACUUCCUCCUCAGCUUGGCUGGUGCGGACCUCAUCAUUGGGGCCAUCUCGAUGAACCUAUACACCACCUACAUUGUCAUGGGGCGAUGGGCUAUGGGCAGCGUGGCCUGUGACCUGUGGCUAGCUCUGGACUACGUGGCCAGUAACGCCUCCGUCAUGAACCUCUUGGUCAUCAGCUUUGACCGCUAUUUCUCCAUCACUCGCCCCCUCACUUACAGGGCUAAGCGGACCCCUAAGAGGGCGGCACUUAUGAUUGGGUUGGCGUGGGCUGUCUCCUUUGUCCUGUGGGCACCCGCCAUCUUGUUCUGGCAGAACUUUGUUGGGAUGCGGACAGUCCCCCAAGAUGACUGCUACAUCCAGUUCCUCUCCGUGCCCGUCAUCACCUUUGGAACUGCCAUCGCGGCCUUCUACCUCCCUGUCACCAUCAUGGUGGCACUCUACUGGAGGAUCUACCAGGAGACCCAGAAGAGAGCCAAAGAGUUGUUUGGACUGCAGGGCUCGGAGUUCAAAAACAACCUCCGGGUCACUCCCCAAACACCCCAAAAUGGCGGCAGUGGAAGCGGCAGCUGCAGCAGCUCCGAGCAAUCGCAGCCUCUUGCGUCUCCUUCAGCCACGGCCAUCGCUCCCAUGCAGACCUGCUGCUUCCUUGGCCGGAGGGCGGAGGUCCUCUACGUCGAUCGCAGCAGCAGCUGCAGCUGGAACACCACAGAGGAGGAAGACGUGGAGGAGGCCUCCGCCGACUCCUUGACGUCAUCCGAGGGCGAGGAGCAGCCCUUUGAAGUCCAGACGGUUUGCUCGGCGGUCAUCCAUCUCCCCAUGAUCGGCAGCGUGAUGAAGCCGCCGCAGCAGGCCCCGUGCCAAGACCCCAAGGCGGUGGCUGGAAGGGACUGGGUGGGAGGGAAAGCCUUCGUGGUGGUCCCCAAAGAACCUCCAGGUGCUGACAAGAGGCUCAAGAAACUGGCCCUGCCAUUAGCAAACAAAGCACCCAUGAUCACCCAAAGGGAAGCCUUGAAGAGGAGAAGGAACCACCGGCACGGCAAGCGGAAAGCCCUCUCUCUGGCGAAGGAGAGGAAAGCCGCCCGGACGCUCAGCGCCAUCCUUCUGGCCUUCAUCAUCACCUGGACACCCUACAACAUCAUGGUGCUGGUGUCGACUUUCUGCCAGGGCUGUAUCCCCAAAGGCCUUUGGAAGCUGGGCUACUGGCUCUGCUACGUCAACAGCACCGUCAACCCCAUAUGCUACGCCCUCUGCAACCGGGCCUUCCAGACCACCUUCCGGAUGCUUCUGCAGUGCCAUUGGGAUCAACGCCGGUGGAGAAAGGUGCCCAAGAAGGUAGCUGUGUGCCAAAGGACGCCAGCCCACUGA